AUGGCGCAUGACUUCCAUGUCGGAGGUGACAUGCGCACGCACAUAUUGACCAAUCGAAAUGGAGAAAUCAAUAUUUCCCAGUUCAAACGCGCGGCCCGCACACAUCAGUUGAGCGCCGACCUCUACAGCACCGUCCUUAUGUCGGGGAGAUUCGCGGAAUAUCUUUCGGAAUUCAGACAAAAGGAACUGCGGGAUAUUGCAAAUGCUAUUGUAGCUCCCGGCAAAGGUAUCUUGGCCGCCGAUGAGAGCGUAUGUAAGUUAACCGCCAAUUUUUCGUAUUCUUCCAAAAAUAGCAACAAUAGGAAAACGAUUUCAGAGCAUUAACAUUGAAAACAACGAGGAUAACCGACGACGCUACCGACAGCUGCUCUUUAGCACAGAUCCAUGUUUGGCCAAGUACAUUUCAGGCGUAAUUCUUUUCCACGACACAGUCUAUCAGAAGACGGAGGAUGGCACGCCUUUAAUUAAAUUGCUUCAUGUGGGAUCAUUUUCCUAAUAUAAUCCAUAUUACUUUAGGAUCGCGGUAUUAUUCCCGGCAUUAAGGUCGACAAGGGUGUUGUUCCUUUGGCAGGCACAUGGUCUGAAGGGACAACUCAAGGCCUGGACGGUUUGAGUGAGAGGUGCGCACAGUACAAGAAAGAUGGUUGCCACUUUGCCAAAUGGCGCUGUGUCUUAAAAAUUUCUGAUAAGACCCCGUCCUAUCAGGCAAUGAUGGAGAAUGCGAAUGUUUUGGCACGGUAUGCCGUCAUCUGUCAACAGGUAUGUGUUAUUUUUUCUUUUAAACAGUCAUUUUAUCUCUGCUAACUUAAUACGUGAAAUAACCUUUUUUUGCAGAACGGCAUUGUACCGAUAGUGGAGCCCGAGGUCCUUCCUGAUGGAUCUCACGAUCUUUACGUUGCGCAACGCGUCACGGAGGAGGUUCUAGCCUUUCAGUACAAGGCAUUGGCUGACCACCAUGUCUACCUUGAGGGAACUCUUCUGAAGCCUAAUAUGGUGACCGCCGGUCAUUCCUGCCCCCAAAAGUUUUCUAAGGAGCAGAAUGCCACCGCCACCAUUCAAUGCCUCCAAAGGCAAGUUCCGGCUGCUGUCCCUGGUAAGCCUAUGCUUAAAAUCCAAGCACAUUCUUUACCAAGGUAUCGUAUUCUUGUCGGGUGGUAUGUCUGAGGCCGAUGCGACCUAUAAUCUUAACGCCAUCAACGCCAUGCCAGGCAGGAAACCCUGGGCUUUGACGUUCAGCUUUGGUAGGGCUCUCCAGGCCUCCGUAAUCAAGAUCUGGCAGGGUAAGAAUGAGAACACACAAGCAGCGCAAAAUGAGCUCCUCAAGUUGGCAAAGGUUGGUUUAGGGAAACCUCUAACUCUGAUAAUUCAUUUCUUGCCCAAUUCUAUGUUUUAAUGAGACAUUUGUUUCUCUCUCUUCCAGGCCAACGGUAUGGCUGCCCUGGGCAAAUUUGAGGGAACAUUGGAGACCGCCGCUGGCGGCCAGUCGCUUUUCGUCGCGAACCAUGCCUAUUGA